AGUCAGCAUCUUUCUCACAGAGCUCUAUUUUUUAUUUUUAUUUUUUCAUAGCUGCUGAGGAUAUUUUCUGUUUUUGCAUAUAUUUUGACUACAUGAGUUAAUUUCCCAAGCUGCUGCAGAGAAGCUGCCUCUGAAAUCACAGAGGAGGACUGCAUCCUGUCAAAAUGGAAAAUUCUACGUCCUGCUUUUGGGGGGAGGGCUUUUCAAGCCGGACGCAGGUAUUCUGUGCAGGUGUAACCAGGGAUCCGCCCCCUCCUUUUCACUCCCACUCGCUGGCCUCCAGCUCCAUGGUGAAGUCAGCUGUGGUCACACCCACAACUCAUCUUCCCUCCCUGUUCGCUUGAACCAGCCGGCAGGCUUUAAAUAAGUGCAGUUUGCUGAAAAGGUCUCUGAGCGCUUGUCCUACAGACACCAGAACGGAGCAGCCUCUGGAUAAUAUUUUGGUUUAUCUGCCACAGAAUUUUGUGUUUCUUUAAUAUAUUUUCAACCUUUUUUUUCACCUGUGACCAACGCAGAAGUCUCACAGCUUUGUUUCAGGUGAGACAGACCUCUACAGAGAUGGGGUGUUUUGGUUUUCUCAAGAUUAUGAUGUUCAUCUUUAACGGCAUCAUCUUCCUUGCAGGUGCCGCCAUACUUGGAGUGGGCAUCUGGGUGAAAGUGGACAGCAGCUCCAUCCUCGGCUUCCUUGGGAAACUUCCAGAUGCUCCAUCAGAGUUUAAUCAGGUCCUCAACGUGGGUUACUUGCUGAUCGCUAUAGGUGCACUGCUGGUCCUCAUUGGCUUCCUAGGCUGCUGUGGAGCCUCAAAGGAGAACAAGUGCAUGUUGCUGCUGUUUUUCAUCAUCAUCCUGCUGGUCUUCAUCGCAGAGGUUGCUGGAGCCAUCGUGAUUCUGGCCUUCAGACCACUGGUGGAUAACCUGUUACAAAAGGCCAGCGUGAAUGCGGUCGCCAGCAUCCAGAUGGAGUAUGGGAAAAACCCUGACCUGACAGGACUAUGGAACUCCACCAUGACCACGCUGCAAUGUUGUGGGUUCAACAAUUACUCGGACUUUAAUAACUCCGAUUAUUACAACAAGACCAAAGGCUACCCGCCGCAGUGCUGCUCAUCGCCUCAACCACCGUGCAACCAAACCAUGGCUGAAACAAAGGGAGUGAUUGGUUGCUUCUCAAAGUUCAAGAAGCUGAUUGAUGACAACAGUGUAGUUAUAGUCGGGGUGGCUUUGGGAAUAGCAGCUCUGGAGAUAUGUGCCAUGGUGGUCUCCAUGUUCCUGUACUGCAGAAUACGGUCCACGGUUGGCUGACGGCUCAGAUGGAUCACUAGAGAUGUUCAUGUCGCCUCCUGCAGUGCCUUUUCUGAAGUCUAGGACAAUCAAGAAUGAUUUACCAAACAUUUUGACAUUAUCAAAUACUUCUAUUAUAUAAAUGUAUAUUGUUGAGUUAGUUAUUUAGUUAGUUAUUUUUCAUUUAUGGCUGUGGAUUAGUGCUGUCCCUCUUCAACUGCAAAUCCAGACCCAGGUCUAAACACAGACCUCCUUCUCCAUUGCAACUUCCUCCACUCCCCAAAUCUGACUUUGUCAAACCCUCGUCUGCCUCUUUAGUGUAGUCCAUUAAUACAUGGAUAUAAAUUUAAAAAAAGGAAGUUUUGUGUCUCCAAACUGUGGAGUUUUGGCAUCCUGUGCCACUAAAACAAUGAGGCAGAAGCUGGAAUUCUUAUUAGAGAAAGACGCUCCUGCUUCCAAACACUUUAACUUCACCUGGAUGAUGAAAUACUCACCUUGAAGUUUCACUGAGAAGGACUCAAAAAGAUCCUCUGGUUUCUAGACAGAAUGUAGAUGCAGUCUUUGGUCAACCAAACAAGCCCUAAUCAUCACCCCUCCACCCCUCUACCCACUGGGAAAGAGGGGUUUCAUUGCUACUUUGUCAUUUAGUAAAAGGAUGCUGAUGUUGGAGCUAUCCAAAGAGGAGGUUCUAGGAUGUAGAGGAGGAGGAUAUGAAGGUGAGUGAGGAGGAUCGAGAGGAGAGGUGGAUGAUUCACUGUGGCGCCCCCUAAUGGUAGCAGCAGAAAGACAGGGACAUACUGCCAUUCUGCUCUGUGCAUCUACACUCCAAACAACAUUCUUAUGGCUUGCUGAAAGGAAAAUAAAUCAGAUUCACUCAUUCUCAUGAGUUUAUUACAGACAAAUAAGUUAUGCUUUUAGUUAGUCAUAUCACGGGUUUAGUGGUUUAGUAUAUUUCAUUUUUUUUUGUACAUUUGAGCAUUUCUCUGUUGCGUGAUUGUUGCAUGUAAUAAAAUGCUUAAUUGUUUUGUUUUGUAAAAUAUUAAUCUGGAAAAGGAGUCAUUAAUUCUUGUUCUAAAUGAUGUUUUCCUAAAUUUUAAAGAUAUUUGUCACUGGU